CCCAACUUGAAUCUUUCCGUUUCCGGGGCUCCAGGGCUAGAUGCUAUCUAUAAACAUAUAAAUCGACAAUGAAGCUAUCAACUUCCCUCCUUUCGAUACUGGCCACAAGCGCCACCAUCUUGGCCCAGCCCAUUGUCCUGAACAUGGCUCGCGAGCAAGGCACCCAUGAGCAGCCUUCCCUUGUUGCCAAGGGCGAGGAGGCCGAUGAUUUCAAAGGCCUCAACUACAAGUCUUCACCAGAAAUUAGCGUUGUCGAGGCCCGGAAAGUCUUGAGCGAGGAGACUUUGGACGAUGGUACGGAAGGGGUCUGGAACUCGGCGGAUGGAAAGCGUGAGGGCAAGAGGGAGAGUGAAGAUGUUGCUGAUGAUGACUUCAAGGGCCUGAACGGUUGAACCAUGCGAGGAAGUGCUAGGUACCUAACUAUG